AUGCUCACCGCUUUGCAAUGACCUCAUGGUGCUACUGCGAGGGAGGAGUUCGCAGCUCCCAGUGUCUCUGUUCCGUGGAUUCAUGUGGAGAUAAGCGCAAGGAAAAGUUUUCUCUCGGGCGUUUCAUGUCUUAAAACAGGCGGAGGGAGAGGAACUGCAGGAACCCGGACCAUGUUCAAGGCAGUGUUGAAGAAGAGCCGAGAAGGGGGCAAGGGGAGCAAGAAGGACUCUGACGGCCGCUGGGUGGACCCGCAGCGAGAGGCCCUGACCUUCACCAGUGAGUCUGGAGUGCGGAGGACUAGGCUAGGUGGUGAGAUGCACACCCACAGCGGUCAGCGCAGGUACCCGGCCGGAGGGGGCCCCAACCUGGAGCCGGGCGGCGGCCCGCACCCCUACGGCCCGGAGGACAUAUUCCGGCUGAGUCUGGCCAAGGGCGUGUCCAUGUCCCUGCCCUCCUCGCCCCUGCUGCCCCGCCAGGCCUACAUGAUGCCCUCACGCGCCAGCAAGAGAUCCCCAGGUCCUCUCAGGAAGCUGAAGUAUGUGGAGAGCCCUCGUGUUCCCGGAGACGCCGCUGUCUCAGCGCUGAGGAAGGCAGCGGAGAGCAAGGAACCGUCCCAGAAUGAGCGGCUGGCCGCCAGAGAGCCGUGCCCCUCCCCCGCCACUCAGGAGCUGAUGACCAGGCUGGGCUUCUUACUGGGAGAAGGGAUCCCAGGAUCGGCACGCAUAUCUAUGGAAGACAAGAAUGAGAAGAAGUGCACUGUAACCAGCCAGGGAAUCAGCCCGUGCUCCACCCUGACCAGCAGCACCGCCUCCCCCAGCACAGACAGCCCCUGCUCCACCCUCAACAGCUGCGCGGGCCGGCCCCCGCCCGGCCGCUCCAGCCCCUGCGGCACCAUCACCAGCCCCAGCUCCACGCUCGAGAGCAAGGACAGCGGGAUCAUAGCCACCAUCACCAGCUCCUCGGAGAACGAUGACCGCAGCGGCUCCAGCCUGGAGUGGAGUAAAGAUGGCAGCCUGAGGGACAGCGGCCCCCAUGGCCCCGCCCGCGGCGCCCGCUCCGACGCCUGCUCCCCCGUGGCCGAGGAGGAACUGCCACCGCCCCCGCCCCCGCCCCCGGAGGCCCCGGCGGGGGCUGCGGCGCCGCCUCCUCCUCCGGAGGGGCCCCUCCCGUACCCCACGCACGGCUCCUCCAGCCUCAUGAUGCCGCGCCCCAACUCCGUCGCGGCUACCAGUUCCACCAAGCUGGAAGAUCUGAGCUAUCUCGAUGAGCAGCGUAACACGCCCCUGCGGACCUCCAUUCGGCUGCCCUGGCACAACACAGGGGGAAGGGUGCCGCAGGACAAAGCCCGCUUCGCCCCCUACAAGCCGGUGGACAUCAUGCUCAAGCCGCUGCUGUUCGAGGUGCCCAGCAUCACCAUGGACUCGGUGUUCGUGGGCCGCGACUGGCUCUUCCAGCUGACGGAGGACGCGCUGCGGCGGGACGGGCCGGGCGAGGGCCGCGGCGUCAUCGUCGUGGGCAGCGUGGGCUUCGGCAAGACCGCCAUCGUCUCCCGGCUGGUGGCGCUCAGCUGCCACGGCGGCCGCAUGCGCCAGAUCGCCUCCAACAGCCCCGGGGCCUCCCCGAAAAGUGGGACCGGCAGCGCGGACCUGCCCCUCAGCCAGCCCCCCCAGCCCGCCCCGCACCCCAGCGCCACCAACACCCUGCGCAACAGCAGCUGUCCCGGGACGCCCGAGCUCCAGAGGCGCAGGGAGGAGGCCGUCAAACACCUGGCCGCCAAGGUGGUGGCGUACCACUACUGCCAGGCGGACAACACCUACACCUGCCUGGUGCCGGAGUUUGUGCACAGCAUCGCGGCCCUGCUGUGCCGAGCGCACCAGCUCACCGCCUACAGGGAGCUGCUCCUGAGGGAGCCCCACCUGCAGAGCAUGCUCAGUCUGCGCUCCUGCGUCCAGGACCCCAUGGCCGCCUUCCGCAGGGGCGUGCUGGAGCCGCUGGUCAGCCUGCGCAAGGAGCGGAAGAUUCCGGAGGACGACCUCAUCAUUCUGAUCGACGGGCUGAACGAGGCGGAGUUCCACAAGCCCGACUACGGCGACACCAUCGCCUCCUUCAUCACCAAAAUCAUCUGCAAGUUCCCCGCCUGGCUGAAGCUGAUCGUCACCGUGCGGGUCAAUCUUCUGGAGAUCACCAGCCUGAUGCCUCUUUCCAAAAUCUCCUUGGACGACUUCCCGGGCAACAAGGACAUCAACAACGACCUCAACGCCUACAUCCAGUACCGCAUCAACGGGAGCCAGGAGAUCAUGAACAACAUCUCGCUCAACGGCAAGGCCGACCCGGUCAUCGUGGGCAAGGUGAGCGGGCACCUCAUCUCCCGCAGCCAGGGCUCCUACCUGUACCUGAAGCUGACCCUGGACCUGUUCGAGAGGGGCCACCUGGUCAUCAAGAGCGCCAGCUACAAGGUGGUGCCCGUCUCGCUGGCCGAGCUCUACCUGCUGCAGUGCAACAUGAAGUUCAUCACCAACUCGGCCUUCGAGCGCACGCUGCCCGUCCUCAACGUGGCGCUGGCCUCGCUGCACCCGCUGACGGACGAGCAGCUGUACCAGGCGGCCAACGCGGGCAGCGUGGCGGGCGAGCUGGGCUGGGAGGACUUCCAGCAGCGCAUGGAGGGCCUCUCCUGCUUCCUCGUCAAGCGGAGGGACCGCACGCGCAUGUUCUGCCACCCCUCCUUCCGGGAGUGGCUGGUGUGGAGGGCCGACGGGGAGAGCAACCACUUCCUGUGCGACCCCAGGCACGGCCACGCCCUCAUGGCCUUCAUGCUGUCGCGGCAAGAGGGGAAGCUGAACCGCCAGCAGACCAUGGAGCUGGGGCACCACAUCCUAAAAGCACACAUUUUCAAGGGCCUGAGUAAGAAGACGGGCGUGUCCUCCAGCGUUCUCCAGGCUCUGUGGAUCAGCUGCAGCACUGACGGUCUGUCCGCUGCCCUGGCCUCCCUGAGGAACCUGUACACGCCCAACGUGAAGGUGAGCCGUCUGCUGAUGCUGGGCGGAGCCAACGUGAACUACCGCACGGAGGCGCUGAACAACGCGCCGGUGCUGUGCGUGCAGUGCCACCUGGGCCACCAGGAGAUGGCCGCCCUGCUGCUGGAGUUCGGCGCGGCGCUGGACGGCGUCUCCGAGAACGGGAUGAGCCCCCUCUGCUUCGCCGCCGCCGCCGGACACCUGGGCCUCGUGGGCCUGCUCUGCAAGAGGGGGGCCAAGGUGGACCACGCGGAUAAGAGCGGUCAGUGCGCGCUGGUGCACGCCGCUCUGAGGGGCUUCCCCGACGUCAUCCACUUCCUGCGGGAGCUGGAGUGGAGCCCCGAGGGCCCGCAGCAGGACUGCAGCCUGAAGAGCCGGGCCCUGCAGCAGGCUCUGGUGGGGGCCUCCAGCAUGGGCCACACACAGGUCGUGAGGAGCUUGCUGGCGUUGAGCGACGAGCACGCGGUGCAGAUUGACAGCCAUGACACGCUGUGGGGCGAGACAGCGCUAACGGCCGCCGCGGGCCGGGGGAAGCUGGAGGUGUGUGACUUCCUGCUGCAGCAGGGGGCCGCAGUGCAGCAGGCCAAUCGCAGAGGAGUAUCCCCCCUCUUCUGUGCCGUGAGGCAGGGCCACUGGCAGAUCGCAGACCUGCUGCUGCAGAGCGGAGCAGACGUGAACGUCACUGAUAAGCAGGGGCGCACUCUGCUGAUGGUGGCUGCUUGCGAGGGGCAUCUGAGCACUGCCGAAUUCCUGCUGUCAAAGGGUGCUUCUUUAACGUCGAUGGAUAAGGAAGGUUUGACGCCUCUGAGUUGGGCGUGUUUGAAGGGACACAAGAACGUGGUGCAGUUCCUGGUGGAGAAGGGCGCGGUCAUAGACCACACGGACAAGAACGGGCGCACCCCGCUGGACCUGGCCGCCUUCUACGGGGACGCGGAAAUCGUGCAUUACCUGGUGGAGAGAGGGGCGGUGAUCGAGCACGUGGACUUCAGCGGGAUGAGGCCGCUGGACCGGGCCAUCGGCUGUCGGAACACGUCGGUGGUGGUGACCCUGCUGAAGAAGGGCGCCAAGCUGGGCUACAGAACCUCUCCUUAUGAUCGAUCAGGGAACGCUGCCUGGGCGAUGGCCACGUCCAAGCCGGAUAUCCUCAUCAUCCUCCUGCAGAAGCUCAUGGAGGAAGGCAACCUGCUCUAUAAGAAGGGGAAGAUGAAAGAGGCCGCGCAGAGGUACCAGUACGCCCUGAGGAAGUUCCCCCGCGAGGGAUUCGGGGAGGACCUGAAGUCCUUCAAAGAGCUGAGAGUCUCGCUCUACCUCAACCUGUCCCGGUGCCGGAGGAAAACCAACGACUUCGGGAUGGCGGAGGAAUUCGCCACCAAGGCUCUGGAGCUGAAGCCGAAGUCGUACGAGGCGUAUUACGCCAGGGCGAGGGCGAAGAGGAGCAGCAGGCAGUUCGCCGCCGCCCUGGCGGACCUGCACGAGGCAGCCAAGCUCUGCCCCAACAACCGGGAGAUCCGCCGCCUGCUUGCGCGGGUGGAGGACGAGUGCAGCCAGCUGCAGCGUGCCCAGCAGAAACAGCAGGGGGCGCCAAACCUGACCCCUCCCGGGCACCAGUCCGACCAGGAAGAUGAGGAGGAGGAGGAGGAGGAAGGUGAGGGGGAGGGCCGCGGGGAGAGCCAGAGCACGCCAGACCCGAAGGACGUGGAGGAAGAGGAGCCCGGCCAGCAGGACAAGAGGCAGGACGGCUGGGCCUCCAACAUCUACUCUCUGAACAGGACUCUCCCGGAUUCCCUGAGCGCCCCCCAGCCCGGCCCCAGGCCGGGGUCUCCCCCGGGCAGGCAGGCGCACAAGUACCUCCAGCAGGGCCUGGUCCUGCAGCCGUCCAAGCAGGCCCAGAUAGUCAAGACCAACCAGCACAUGAACUCCCUGCAGUGCGGGGGUCGGUCGGGGGGGGGCAGGAGCCAGUCCCAGUACGCCCCCUCCAGCCCCCUGCCCAGCCGGCACAUCUCCGGCGUCCUGACGGCCGGGCCCGGGAUCGACAUCGGCCCGUUGCCCCCGGCGACCGCCAACCCGGGGUCGGGCCCGGAGGAGCCCCCGUCCGGCGCGGGCCAGGGUCGCGACCCCGAGCCCCAGCCCCCGUUCCGCACCGCCCAGACUUACUCGGGCCCCGGCAAGGCGACGGACGCGCUCGGGGGGGCCCCGGACUGCCAGUCGGGCAACAUGAGGGUGUCCAGCUCCACCAGCAGCCUGGCGUCCAGCGGCAGCCUAUCAGACAGCGGCAAGCUGCCGGGCCCGGACGUGCGCGCCAAGACGCAGGGCGGGGGCGGGGCCGGGGGCGGGACGGCCGAGCACAAGCCCCGCCCCUUCAUGGGGAUCAUGGACAAGACGGUGCGCUUCCAGCAGCAGCUGCAGCUGCAGCACCAGGCCCUCCAGCCCCACCAGCCUCCCCCCGCCCGCGCCUGGCCGGGCCCCUCCUCGGAAGGGCUGCUGGGGCCCCCCGUCCCGGGCGCGCUGGCGCCGAACUGCGAGCCGCCGUACGCCAGAUCAGGGAGCGCGUACCACGAGGCGCUCGGGUUCCAGGCUCCGCCCCCGGGAGCCGCGGGCAGCCUCCACAACGGGAUGCACGCCAAGGAGUUCGCCGACGGCUACCGCAAGGCCGCCACCUGCUACAAGGAGUCCAAGCCGACAUUGGCCAUGCCGCACCCCUUCACCGAAGGCAAGCCCAAACAGCCCAGCCUGGCCAGGGACAAUCCCGCCAUCCACGUUGCUUCAAUGAAACCAAAGCGAUCCUUUAUCGAGUCCAACGUGUGAGGUAGCCCUUCACCCAGCUCCCCAGUUCACCCGUUCCAACAUUUUACACAUUAUUUUAAAUAGGUUUCUUUUCGUUUUGUUUGAGAACCACUACAAAUAUAGGUUUCCCAUCUCGUAACCUUUUCAGAAUUAUAGUAAGAAAAUGCAUAGAAACGAUGUUUAUUUGUGUACUUACCUGAAUGAAUUUUGACCACAGGCAGUAUUUUACAUUUGGUUUUAUUCUUACUAACACGUACAAGCCAGUGCUUCUUGCUACAGGACUGCAUGCUGUCAUUCAGCCAAGCUGGACACUGCACACAGACACACUUUCGUCCGUACGCAGACGAAACAGCCAUGGCACUUUAACGAGUAAAUAUAGGCCUUUCAGGUGCUCCUACAGAAUACAAGACCGUGCAUUCUUUGGUGUUUGAAGCCGAGGUACAUUGAGAGGAUUGAGCCCGUCGUUUGUUGAUAAACAAUGGUGCCGAUGGAAACGAAAUUAAAACGCUUGUAGUGGAACAUGGAGGACAAGUUGGACAUGGGCACUUCUGUUUUGAGGAUACUGCAAAUCAUUACUACUUGUACAUAUGUAUAUACAUAUUUCCUUCUUUGAAAAGGUCUAUGUCGUCGUAUUCGACUCGUUCACGUCAUAGGUAUUUUGAGUUCUAUUUCUGCACAGCUUGGUUCAGAUGGGUAUAUAUGGCUCAGAAACAUUUCUCAUGUAUGUUUGUACAUUGUAUAAAUUGCCCAAUAAUGUUUGAGUAAAUCCCUUCAGUAUCGGAUUAUUGUUGCUGUUUAGGUUAAUUUAUUUACAGCUCCUGCGGCUUGGUCAGUUGUAAAAGCAAUAUAUUUUAUAUAGUUAUUUUUGCACAGCUACUAAGACAUUUUCAAAUUUCAAUAAGUCUUGAUAAUUUUUGGUUUAAGUGCAUGCGACAGUUACAAUUUAUAACAAAGAAAUAUAAAAAAUCUAUAAAUAAAGAGUUUGGGGGGAGGGGGCAUUACUAUAUUUUAAUAUGUAUGUUAUUUGCAAACGUUGACAUGUUUUCAGUAUUGUGAGCUGUAUUGCUGUUAUCACAUACUGUUAAUAGAACAUUACUGCCAUACCAACAAUGGGAAAAUAAAGUCCCAGUGGAAAACUAUGAAA